AAACAGAGAGAAGAAAGAAACAAAGAAGGAAACGAUCGUUCGGUGUGUUGUGUAGUUGAACGGGGAAAAAAUGUAGAAGGGAAAUAAUCGGAGAUGUAUUUAAAAAUUGAGUGAACGUAUACAUGCAUAUGUGACAAGGUACGGAUUUGAAAGUGCAAGCGGAGUACGGUGUUACACAACGAGAAACGUUCGAAGGAAGCAUGGUGAAUAUGGAGGGCUCGGGCGAGCAGCAUACCGUGACAGCUUCGCCGCCGCCACGGGCUGCUCUGAAGAGCAACUUCAGCAUCCGUAGCAUUUUGCCGGAAGCGUGUGCCGGGACCCCCGCGCCGUCGGCCAGCCAGUCGGAUUCUUCCGACGUCGGUCACGCGGACGAUAGCGACGAUUGCAGUGAUCUCGAUGUUACCGGUGGUGGCGCGGAAACGCCGCCCUUGGAUUGCUCCACCAGUGCAACGUCCAUCAGCCCGACGAGCCAGAAGGACUCGAAGGAGCAGGCGGAGGAUAAGAAGAAGGCGGACAAACCACCGUACAGUUACAACGCGCUAAUCAUGAUGGCCAUUCGACAAAGCCCCGAAAAGCGACUCACCUUGAAUGGCAUCUACGAGUAUAUAAUGCGCCACUUUCCCUACUACGAGAAUAACAAGCAAGGUUGGCAGAAUUCCAUUCGACACAAUCUGUCCUUGAACAAGUGCUUCGUCAAGGUACCUCGUCACUAUGACGAUCCGGGGAAGGGCAACUACUGGAUGCUGGACCCAAGCUCCGAGGACGUGUUUAUCGGAGGUGCGACGGGAAAACUCCGACGCAGGACCACGGCGGCUUCCAGGUCGCGACUAGCGGCCUUCAAGAGGAGCGUGGUGCUCGGCGGUCUUUAUCCGACACCUUACCCACCACCGGGAUGGCCAACGUCGCUCUACGCUCUGCCCUCGUCGCUCUGUCUUCAUCGCACCGUUGCGUAUCCUCCGGUGACCGCCGGCUCUUACGCCACCCCCGCCGGAUAUCCGGCCAGCUUGUUACCCGGAGCGGCAACCACGUCGUCGGCUACAAGCCUACCUUGCAAGCCGCAGCCUCUCCCAGCGACGGCGGCACCUUCGACUCACGGGGCCUUCUCCGUCGAAAGGUUACUGCAAGCACCUACUGGCUAUCCCGGCGGUAUCAGCAUCCCGACAUCCGGAAUCUCGCCUACGGGAAAUCCUUACCAGGAUUUCUACAGUACCCUAAGAUCUAUUACGAUGCCACCGAUACCGGCGUCGAUAUUUCAUCAACAGUCCAGAUAUCAUCUCAGUCAAACGUCUCAAGUUCUAAGUCAACCUCCCUCUAGUACGGCUUCGCCCGGAAGCAGUCCAGAACCAAUGGAUCCGCAUUCGCCGUCGGUUACCGUCUGCAAUUCUGUUCAACCGUCGAGACCACUUCCUCACAGUCCGCCGCAGCUCCUUCUCAAACCCAUCACGGUCCUCACCGGUCGACAAAGCUGAAUCCAUCUUCUGAUAAGCGAUCUAAUCUUCACAUAAUCUUCACCAUCAAAAUGGCCAUCUCAAGGAAGUGCAGCACGAUCGAUCUCACCCUGCAUGUAACAAUUCCAUCAUUUCGUUAAAUCUUACCGAUGAACAUUCAUAGCGCAUGUGGCCGAAGAAACUUGAUGAAUUUAGCUGGACUAAAUUUCUUCUCAAAAUUUGUACAUAAAUUUGUUUUUCUAUAUCUAUAUUAUUGACAACGCGAUUUUAGCAGCAAAAUUAUAGCUAUAUGAGAAAUCCAUUUCUCGAAAGGAAUUAAACAUUGAUUGAUAUGUUAUAGUUAUAUGAAAUAAUAUAAUAUUUAAAAUAUCAAGUCUUUUCGUGAUUUCGGUAUUCCCGAUGCGAAUACCGAGCGAUUAUACUAAAUUAACUUGUAUAAUUGUCGAUAAUUGUCGAUAAUUGUGAUUAAUUUGUAUUUGAACUCGUUCUCGUUUUUGUACAUACUUUUCUCGAAUCUCGUACGAGAAGCAAUACACGAUAUUGCUUCUCCUAUAAAUAUCAUAUCAAACGACAACAUUUGUUUAUCAACGAUAUUAAAUAUCGUCGAUGGAACUUUACCAAAAUGUGAAUUUUGAGAUCGAAUCUCAGCGACUUUUGAAAUAUAGAAGAACAGUAUAUAUAUGACGAUAUAAAAAUAUAUAUAGAAUUUUAACUUGUGAUCUCUCUUUGGUGGUCCUAGCAUGUACAGCAUCGAUUAAUCGAUAAUUAUGUAUAGUCGAAUUUAUAAAUAGUCAUUUGUAGCUUGUUAUUACAAUGUGUACAUAGAAAUUAUUGUUGCUAAAGAUAUUACGAACAUUAUAUAUGUAUAUAGAGCUGAGAUCAAUAAGAAUAAAUGCCUGCGAGAAACAUA